AUGGAAAUUACCAGGAAGAUCUAUUUAAAAAAUGAUAAAAUCGUUCAGGAUAAUUUAAAUCCAAAAAUUUUAGUGGUUGAUAUUAACACAUCCUUACUUUCAACACAACUGCAAAUCAUUAUAAAUGAAACUAAACAAAAUAAAAAAUUGGACAAUCCAAGGGACGAGUUUUAUAAAACAAAGAUUCAAAAUAGAUUAUUUAAAGUUGCACAAAAUGAAAUGUUUUGUAUUCUUAAAGAUAUACUUAUUAGUAUACAUCCUGAAACUUCAAUUAUAAUAAAUUUAAACUUAUCUAAAUUAAUUAUUCCAUUACAUAAUUGGUAUAUGAUUCUUGAUCGAAUUACGUUAUUUCCCCCUACUAAAGUUAUUAAUUCACCGUAUCAUAUUUAUAUCACCGAACAAUCCAUGAUAGAGAGACAAGAUUAUAUUGAAAACAACGUAAAUUUAAGCAAAUGGAUCAAAAAUCUAUCAGAUUCUAUUAACUUUCAACAUGAUUUUUUUUCUACUGAUGGAUCCAAUGAGACCUAUUUAGAUGAUGAAUAUUUUGUGAAAAACUUAUUGAUGCAAUUAUUCCAGGAAAACAAUUUGAAUGAAAGAGAAAUAGAACAACUUUUAUUAAAUUGCAAUAAUUUAGGUGAUCUACUUAAUCAAUUGCAUUGUUAA